CCAUAGUGGACGUUAAAUUUUUUCAAAGCUCUGGGCGUCUCAGCCCUUUCCCGAAGCUAAAUGCAGUUUCCAUUCACCAGGAACAAGUUGCUUCGCUCCCUCUGCACACCCGCAGCCACAGACUCACUGAAAGUGAAAAUCAACAAAAGAGCAGCAGAGCAGAACUGCUUAACUCUUCUCCAAGCCUGCGACACCCUUCCCAAGCUCACCCAAGUUCACGCUCACUUCCUCAAAUUGGGCCUCCAAAACAACCCAUUUGUCAUCACCAAGUUCACUUCCUCUUCCUCUGUUCUCCAUGCCAUCGACUAUGCUUCGUCUUUCUUAUUCUCCACCGACGUCGAUACCCGGUUCUAUGACAUCUUCCUCUUCAAUACCAUCAUCAGAGCUUACGCCCAAGCCCAUCACAACAAGCAGAAGGCUGUUUCUUUUUACAAUCUUAUGCUUGUCUAUGGGGUUUUGCCUAAUAAAUUCACAUACCCUUUUGUCCUCAAGGCCUGUGCUGGUAUAGGGGACUUGAAUUUGGGCCAACAAGCUCAUGGGUCGGUGUUAAAAUUCGGGUUUGAUACAGAUAUUUAUGUGCAGAAUACUUUGGUUCAUAUGUAUUGUUGUUGUGAUGGGGGGCUCGAGUUGGCUCAUACGGUGUUUGAUGAAAUGCCUAAGUCAGAUUCUGUUUCGUGGAGUGUGAUGAUUGGUGGAUAUGCACGUUUAGGGAGGUCUACUGAUGCUGUUGAAUUGUUUAGGAAAAUGCAGAUUGCUGGGGUUCGCCCUGAUGAGAUUACUAUGGUUUCAGUUGUAUCUGCUUGCACUGAUUUAGGUGCACUUGAGCUUGGGAAAUGGGUUGAGUCUUAUAUUGACAGGGAAAAGGUUCAGAGGACUGUAGAGCUUUGUAAUGCACUGAUAGACAUGUUUGCAAAGUGCGGCGAUGUUGAUAAAGCUUUAAAGUUGUUCAGAAACAUGAGCGAGAGAACUAUUGUGUCUUGGACUUCUGUGAUUGCUGGUCUGGCAAUGAAUGGCCGCGGUUUGGAGGCUGUUUCUUUAUUUGAGGAGAUGAAAGAAGCUGGGAUGGUCCCGGAUGAUGUUGUCUUUAUUGGAUUGCUCUCUGCAUGUAGUCAUUCUGGCCUAGUUGAAGAAGGCAAGCAAUAUUUUGGCUUGAUGAAAUUUGGAUAUGCCAUUGUACCUAAGAUGGAGCACUAUGGAUGUAUGGUAGAUUUGUUAUGCAGGGCUGGACUUGUCAAGGAAGCACUGGAGUUUGUUCAAGGAAUGCCAAUCGAGCCAAACCCAAUAAUUUGGCGCAUGCUUAUAACUGCUUGCCGUGCUGUUGGUGAGUUUCGGCUCGGGGAAAGCAUCACAAAACAGCUAAUAGAAAAUGAACCAAUGCAUGAAUCAAACUAUGUAUUACUUUCCAACAUUUAUGCAAAAAUGUUCCAUUGGGAGAACAAAAUUAAAGUUCGAGAGGUAAUGGGGAAGAAGGGGAUGAGAAAGAUCCCGGGGAGCAGUAUGAUUGAGCUGGAUAAUAAAAUUUAUGAAUUCGUCUCAGGUGACAAAGAACACUGUCAAUUCAAAGAAAUAUAUGAGAUGGUGGACGAGAUGGGCAGGAAGUUAAACAGUGCUGGAUAUGUUCCUACAACAUCAGAGGUGUUACUUGAUAUUGAUGAUGAAGACAAGGAAGAUGCUUUGAAUAGUCAUAGUGAAAAGCUAGCAAUCGCUUUCGGUCUUUUGAACACACCACCUGGCACGUCUAUUCGUAUUGUGAAGAAUUUACGGGUCUGUGUUGAUUGCCACUCUGCCACCAAGUUCAUAUCCAAAAUCUAUCACCGAGAAAUAGUCGUGAGAGACAGAAAUCGGUUUCACCAUUUCAGAAAUGGGCAAUGCUCUUGUGGGGAUUUCUGGUGAUACAUAAAUGAAACUUCUAUAAUUUUUUAUCAUCCAAUGUGAAUCAUAGUUUCUUGGCUGGAUGGUAUCUACUGUCCGUUACAGGAUGGAUGAUCAUUGGAUUAAUGCAGAUUCAUGGUCAUUUAGGAAACAAGUUUUGGCACAAUUCUUUGAUCCAAACAUAUUUUGACCCAUCA